UCAAACCUGUCCGUGCUACUACCUACAAUGGCUGUUUACUUCUGGAUAUUAGCUUUUUGGUUACUGGAUAGUUCUGUCAUAGACGGUCAUAAUGACCACAUGUGGGUACAAUAUCGAAAUAAAGACUUUAUGUUAGUCCAUCAACAAAUGACAUGGAUGGAAGCUCAGAGUGUAUGCUAUUCCCUUGGCGGUUUUCUUGCAACUGUCUCAAAUUCUGAUGAAAUGAAAUUUAUCAAAUCAAUGACAAACGUAUACCCUAACAGAGUUUGGUUGGGCGGCACAGAUAUGUUUGCUGAAGGAAGAUGGGUUUGGAUAGAGAAUUUAGAACCUAUAUCGUAUAACCACUGGUAUAUACCUUCUCAUCAACCAGACGGAGGAGCCGGGCAGAAUUGUUUGAAUUGGAUUUCCAGUAACGGAUAUUUUUGGCAUGAUGUUCCCUGCAAGGAAAACUACAAAUUUAUUUGUCAGCGGAAUAAAAAGCAAAAAAAGAGCAAUGAACAGUGAGGAAAGAAUUUUUUAAGUAUUGAAAUAAAAUAUAAGAAUAA